UCUGUUUAGUUUGCUUUUUCCUUCCUUUACUUUUGUUUUCUUUCUUGUUGGAUCUGUUUGGGAUAGUGAUGGAUAAAGAAAAAGGUAAACAAGUACAAAAAUUGGUAGAGGAUGGUACAUAUGAGUGGGUCAGUGAGGAUGUAAAGAUUAGGGGUUCACUUUUUGCAGAUAAAGACAGUGUGAGUCAGAUAGAUGUAGGUAAGGUUGUGAGAUUGGGUUCUGGGUUGCGUAUUGAAUUGUUGCCUUUUUCUAGGUUUGAUAGGGUAUUUCAUAGAAGGAAUGACUUCGAGUUCUUCUACAUGUAUAGUUUUGUGUUGGAGGAGCUUCAGGUUAAGCUUCCUUUUACGUAAUUUGAAUGUAAUGUUUUGAAACAGUUAAACAGUGUUUCGUCUCAACUACACCUAAAUGGUUGGGAUUUUUUGCGUUGUUUUGAGAUAUUGAUGGAGUAUCUGGAGGUAAAACCGACCUUAGAGUUGUUUUUUACUCUGUUUUAGGCUAAAGGAGUGUGGAAAGGUGGUUGGGUUAAUUUGAAUAGUACCCCGGACUUCUCAGUGUUUAAGUUGUAUAAGUCGUCCUUUAAGAAAUUUAAGAAAAUAUUUUUAAAAGUUAGGACGGCCAAGGAUAUCUUCCCGUUUUAUUUGGAUGAGAAUAUGGGUGAAAAGUUCCCUUUAUUCUGGUGCUCUGAGCCACAGCAGAUUUUAGGUCCGGAGAGAAUUUUACCUAGGAAUGAAUGCAUAAUUGAGUAUUUGGUUGAGGCUGUUGAUAGAAAGGAUUUGAUAUCUAUUUUUGAGUUGUCGCCUUGGGAAGAUGAUAGGCAAUCAGUGACGGAUUAUUUGGGUAAGGACUUUAUAAGUUAUUAAGGAUUUUGUGUGUUUGCAUUUGUUGAUGUUUUGUAUAUUGAUUUUGCAGGUGGUAAGUAUCCUGGGGUGUCAGCGGCGAGCUUGAGGUCACGUUUUAAGAGUAAGAACCUAGAGAAGGAGGGUUCAUCAUCAAACCCUGAUAAAGUAGCUGUAGGGGGAGUUAAUCAACCUCCUCCUCGUCGGAAAAAGGUUAUUUUUAAACAAAAGUGACCAUAUAGACCUCGACUUGUCCGAGGAGUUGUCUGAGAAAGGUAGGGAUAUUCCUUUGGAGGAAUUGAAUUCUUUUAUUGAUAACUAAAAAAGAUUGCAUGGCUUUGUCGAGGAUAUUGAUGGGUCAUCGGUAUGGAGUAAGGAAUUUCCUUUUAUGGUCAUUUUGGAUGAGGUUUGUCAGAGUUCAGCUGAUGUGGCUGUGGCUAAUGAAGCUGGGGAUGUCUCUAUUGAUCAGUUUAUGCAGGUGUUGGGUUUGCGUUUGGCCAGUCUUGGUCGAAGCCAAGAGAUUAAGCAUAGGAAGGUGUUAGGACAAAUGGAAGAUUUGAGCAAAUUGAGGGAGGAACUGUCGUUGAAGAAAACCUUAGUCACUGAUCUAGAAAGUAAGCUUUCCAUGAAGGAGGAGGAGUUAAAGCUGAUAGUGGAGAAAUAUCAGAAAGAAGCUAAGUUGUUAAAGAAAAGAAGAAGAGGAAUUGGCGAUUAGCAAGGAUCAAGUAACAAGCGUUAUAGUAAAAUUGAGUGAUUUUGAGAAAAACAAGCAGGCAGAAAUAUUGGAUGCCUUUGUUGACAGAUUUGAGCAUGCUGUUUCUCAAGCCAAAUUUUUGGCCCCUGAUCAAGAUUUUUCUUUGAUGGAUCUAGUGAAGAUUGUUCGUGUUGGAGCCUUAGUUAAUGAUGAAGAGGGCGCCGAAGUUGAGGAUGAUAAUUUAGGUCAUGAUGUAUGACUUGUAGUUUUUAUUUU